AUGACAAUCUAUCUGUCAACUCUCACAGUGCUGGUUCCCCUGUUCUCUUUAGCUGGGCUGUUGUACUCAGCUGCAUUUGACAAGGAUUUUCCACAGGGCUGCACUAGUAUGGCCAGCUUGUGUUUCUACAGCCUACUACUCCCCAUCACUAUCCCAGUGUUUGUAUUUUUUCACCUAUGGAGCUGGAUGGGGAUUAAACUUUUCAGGCAUAACUAAUUUGAGUUCAAAAGCUAUUGCGUAUGAUGAUGUUUGUGGUGACCUGACGGCAUCAACCUCUCAAAUGAAAUUUAGUUUCAGUAACAAGGUUUUUCCAUUGGCUUGGAGGUAUUUAGAAUCUUGAGUGUAUUAUUGGUGGAAAUUGGCACUGUUUUGGUUAACUUGUUCCUUACACACAAAAUGCGAGGCAUUCACUUUUGCCUCAUCAUGGUACAUUUUUCUGGUAAUGUUCAGUUCCAUUGGCUUCAUUCCCAGUGACUGCAAUGCAGGAGACAUUAACAGGCAGUCCAUUUGAACCAGUUCGAUACGGAUUUCUGUCUUGAAGAAACAGUGUAACCAAAGUCACAUCAAAUUCCACCACAAUGUCAGAUGCAAAUAAACCAUGGAAAUUCAUUAUAACAAAGGUUUAGUUUUGGUGCUUUUGACCUUGCUUUCGAAGACACUUGCUGUUUGCCUGGGUAUUUAGCCACACUUGUGGUCUGUAUUUGAGUUUCCUUGCCUGUAUUCUGUUACUUUCACACGUUGCUUGGUAGGUAGUACAAUGAUUUCUUGAUUCAGAAGGUUGUAGUUUAAGUUCCAUGUUUGCUGAUACUCCAGUGUAGUACUGAGAAAAUAUCACAUUGUCAAAAAUGCUCUCUUUUAAAUGUUAACCAAAGCCCUGUCUGCUCCCUUGUGUAGAAGUAAAAACUUCCAUGGUGCUAUUUAAAAGAAAAGCAGGGGAGUGUUCAUUGGCUAUCUGACUAAUGUCUGUCCUUCAAGCAACAACAUUUGAAAAAAUAAACAUGUUAUCUGGCAAAUAUCA